AUGAAGCUCGUUAGCGCUCUUCAGUUCGCCCUCAGCGCCGCCCUCUGGGCCAUGGGCAAAUCCAUGCCCCAGGGAGGGCCUAUUGACGUCGAAGCUAUCGCCACCGACUCAAAGCCAGCCACACUCGAAGAUGGCCACGGCCCUGCGAUGGGCCUGGCUGAUGUAGAUGUGGUUGACGUUGAGGACGUUGAGGCCGCCGGCGCCAGCUUCUUGUCAGCUGAUGGCGUCUCAGCCAGGGGUCCCUCCUGCUUCUUCGAAGCUUUCGCAGGCAGCCAAUGCGACGGCCAGAGGUUGUACUACUAUGAGUACGCCUACGCCAGAGGCGAAUGCCGGUCGUGCCGCAAGUGGGAGGGCGCGCACUCGUUCAGGGUCAGCGGCACGUGCGACGGUGGCUAUAUGGUAACUAAGGAAGGCGACAGCUGCGGCGGGUUCAGGAGUGGGACGGUUCACUUUGGCAGUAAGGAGCCAAGCUGUGUAAGCGUCAACACAGGUAUAGGCUGGGACCAUGGUUAUCCUUGCUUCUACAAGUGA